AUGACAGCAGCGAGCUCAAUGGAGUUGUCCAACUUUCACUCGCAAUGCUGCCGAAUGAUCCCGUUUUGUGCCAGUAAAAUGGUACGAAAUGGCGCCAACCCUGUUGCAGAAGCUGUUUAAUAAAAGGGCAAAUGCGGCGACGCCUUCGAAAAAUUCCAAGGAGGGUUCGGAGAUAAGCUGGAGACUUGUAGAGUUUCAACUUGACCAGAUUCGACUGAUUGUUUACCAGGAUUGUGAAAGGAGAGGCAGACAUGUUCUUUUUGAUUCUAAAGCAGUGCGCAAAGUUGAAGGUGCCAACGUGCAGAAAACUUCCGAUGAUCCAUCCAAAUUGCAACAAAAAUGUUGCCCUACAAACAGCAGUGGCAACUGCACCCAGAAUUCAUCAUCCAAUGCCUCAAACACAAAGGAGCACAUGCCCAGGUAUCAGUAUUCUCGACCUGCAUCUGAUGUCAAUAUGCUUGGAGAAAUGAUGUUUGGCUCUGUUGCAAUGAGUUACAAAGGCUCUACACUGAAAAUACAUCACAUACGAUCUCCCCCUCAGCUGAUGAUCAGUAAGGUUUUCUCUGCCAGGAUGGGCUCUGCUGGAGGAAGUUCAAACGUGCUACAUGACAGCUUUGAAUGUAUCAACCAGGAAAGCACUGCUGGAAAUCCUUGUCCUGGUCAGAAUGGUGGCAGCAUUUUCCAUGCUUGCAAUAAUCUGGGUCGUUUGGUGGUUUGUGGCAGCAAACUGUUACUGUGUCCCGCAGAUCAGGGGUCGCUCCGUCUCAUCCGAAGCGCUUCUUUCUUUGCAGCUCACAGUACACCAGUUGAUAUGCCAAGCCGAGGUCCAAAUGAAGAUGGAGACAGUGGCAUAGCACGGUCAGCUUCCCUGAGCAGUCUCUUAAUUACACCAUUCCCUUCUCCAAACUCUUCAUUUUCCCAUCAUUGUGGCAGUAGUUUUCAGCGCCGCUGGCUGCGCAGUCAGACCACCAGCCUUGAAAAUGGCAUUCUUCCCAGAUGGUCGGCUGAAGAGACAUUUAUGAUGGCAGAUGAGAGCUACACUUCCAACCCACAGAUGGUCCGGCGCAAGAAGAUUGCAGUCAGUGUCGUUUUCUCUUUGCCUGAGAAGGAAGAGGAGAACAGAACGUUUCAGGAGUUCUUUUUCUCCCAUUUCCCCCUCGUUGAGGCUCACCUCAACAAGCUGAAGAGUGCAAUUGAGAAGGCAAUGAUUUCCUCCAGAAAGAUUGCAGAAUCUACCCAGAGAGUGCAAGCUUACAUCAGCCGGGUCAUGGAGGGAUUGGGAGAAUUCAGGACCACAAUAUACAAUCUUUACUCUGCCCCAAGGAUUGCUGAGCCUGCAUGGCUUACCAUGAUGUUUAAUGCAUCAGAUAAGAAAACAUUAUGCCAUCGCUUUGUCAGAGACUUCACCCUGCUGAUCGAACAAUUAUCCAAGAAUCAGUUCAUUUCUGCUUUGCUAACGGCUGUGCUCACGUAUCACCUGGCCUGGGUACCCACAGUUAUGCCAAAUGACCAUCCACCUAGAAAGACCUUUUGUGAGAAACAUGCAUCACAGAACGUAGAUUCAUUGGGUAAAUCGCAUCCAUAUAAUCCUCUCUGGGCACAACUUGGUGAUUUGUACGGAGCAAUUGGCUCGCCUGUAAGGCUCACCAGGACUGUGGUGGUUGGGAAGCGCAAAGAACUAGUUCAACGAUUACUUUAUGUCCUCAGUUACUUCAUACGGUGCUCAGAUCUUCAGGAAAAUGAGAUGCAGUGGGAAGGUAAGCUUCAAGAAACUGAGAAUGUCCAAUCAGGAACUAAGAUCAGCACAGUACUCGAGAAAGGAGAAGUGGAAGAAUCUGAGUACAUCGUGGUCACUGUCCAUAAGGAUGACCCUGGUUUCAACACUUCCAUUCAAUCUAUGACAAAUACUGGGAAAAGAAGCACUACAAUGAAAGGCAAGCACAUUAGUGUAGAUUUAGCACUCAAAGCUAGCUACUGUGAAAGUGCUCAAUUUGAUGCUCAUGAUGGGCGGGCCUCUGGAGAGUGCUGUCAAAUUCCUUCUACAGUGAAUGAACCCAAAUUUGUCGAUGCUGACAGUUUAAGAGAGGUCACGGUACCUGUUCAGGAAAUUAAGGCACACUCUUCCUUGACUGUGAAAGGUGCCACUGUGUGUAAAGCUGAGAUGCACAGGUUUGGAAAUGAACCAGUUGGGUUGGCUGAAAGCUCUUCUGAUUUUGGGGCAUCUGCUGCAGUUAAGUUGGCUCCAAUGAAGAAGCCUCCAGGCUCCACUUCUAGUGUUGGCAUAAAUUGUCCAGAAAGACCCUAUCACAGGAGUCCACACCUCCAAAGCAGAGUGAUGUUUCAGAUUGGUUGCUCGUUUUCACCCGAUUCAGAUAUUGAAUCGAGAAGAAAAAUAAUGGAACAAAAUCUAGAACGUCGAGGUGCAAAAAACAACAAUGAUGCUCAAACGUCAAACGAUGUUGCCUUCUCAGGAACUGAUGCGCUACAUCAGCCUGUUAUGGACCAGCUCGAAGAAGCUAAAGUCAUAGAAAGGGUGAAGGCAAAGGAACAGCAUUGUGCUUUAAGAAUCCCUUCUCAUGAAAAGAGUACCAAUGUCUUGGAAUGUGGUCGUGAGGACAAAGGCAUUGAGAGAAAUUCAUUAGGAGAAAUACCCACCCAGGUUACUUGCAUUCACCAUGAAGAGGCUGAAUCAAAUGAACAAAAUAACACAGAGAUUGCGGAAGCAAUGAGGACUUGUCAGAACAUUGAAACCGUGUCUUCUGUUAUCAUUAACGCUAGUUCUGGUGAUCAGGACUGUCCAGUCACGUUUGACAUCCCCCAUGGGGAAAAUAAGGCUUCUGGGAAGAAAGAUGCUCUCCGGAUAGAUGCUGACAUUCCCAGAAAUGAAAGUUCUGACAGUGCUCUUGGAGAGAGUGACGAUGAAGACAUAUCCCACGAUUCAUCUAAACAAGGAUUUGAAUAUUGCAAUGAGAGACAAACUGGGAUGGCAGAGGUUGAACUUCCAUUACCAAGCAUCAAAAUGAACAGCAAGCCAAGUCUCCAUAAUUUUGGAAGAUCCUUGUUUGGUGGCUACUGUUCACAGUAUGUCCCAGAUUUUGUCUUGCAUGGAAUUAGUUCAGAUGAAAAUCUGAAGCAUUGUUUAAUGGCAGAUUUGACUCGUGCUGUGCAGCAUCCUGUUUUAGACGAACCUGUUGCAGAAGCUGUCUGCAUUAUUGCAGAUACAGACAAAUUGUCAGUCCAGGUGGCUACAAGCCAAAGAAAGGCGAUGGACAAUAAACUAGGCAAAGAAGUAUUGGUCUCUAACUUUGUGUCCGGUCUGCUCCAGUCCAUUCUUCAACUCUAUAAACUACAGCUACCACCUGAUUUUUGUGUGAUCCAUCUUGAGGAUCGACUUCAAGAGCUGUAUUUUAAAAGUAAGAUGCUGUCUGAGUACCUCAAAGGCCACACUAGAGUCCACAUAAAAGAACUGGGAGUGGUGCUGGGAAUUGAAUCAAAUGAUUUGCCUCUGUUGGCUGCUAUAGCAAGUACUCAUUCUCCAUAUGUUGCCCAGAUACUCCUAUAAGCUAAACCCUCUGGAGGGUAAACUGUGAACCUUGGAUGGCAUCAAGUUGGAAAAUGUUUUUAAUGCUUAUCUACAACUCUCAAUCAGAGUGAUGACGAGAUCAUUGAUGAAGGGUGCAUUCAUUCAACAGUGAAAAUGUUCCAUCACUUUUCAGGCAUUUUCUGAGAUAGGUGAUAAUUUUCAUGGCUAAUGCUUAGGGUUAUAUUUCCUAGUCAAAUUCUAAAAGCUGUUGCAAGUCAGGCAUGUUUUCAAACAAAACGAAUCAUCCAAAAAACAUGCCAUCUUGAAUGCUUGCUUUUAUUGUGUUUUAUUAUGACUUUUGAAUCAUUUCAGCAGUUGCCUUAAUUGGUGCAUAACAGUGUUAGAAAAUCUAUCUACAUAGCAUUCCUGUUCAGAAAUACAAACAAUUGCAUCUAUUGAUCUGAUGUUUUGAAUUACUAGGAUACUACAUUGUCCUGCAAGAAAAACUGCAAAAAGUAGGGCUAUAGCAAUUGUCCAUUUUUCUUGUACAAAUGGUUUGACAAGCUUUUGUUUUAUUUGUGCUCCUGUUUAAAGGGACAAAGAAGGCAGAUUUUUAAAAAAAAUUUAGUGAUUAUCUUUAAAUGAAUGUUGUUUACAAUUAGUUAGAAUUUUUUGUUUGUUAACAUUGUACGAAUUGAGCAGCAUCUGAAAUUCAGCUUCAUACUGAAACAAAAUCACUGAUCCUUUUCAAUGGAAUAAAUUCUAUUUCGGAGUCCACUCUGACUUCAGUAGAGGAGUCAGAUGUUGAAUGGUGCCAACAUAACAAUUGUAGUGUGGGAGGGGGAAGGAAAGAGUUCUUGCGCAUUCUCCUUAUGCAAUAUGGACUGAGCUAGUGAGAAUUAUAUUGAAGCUUCUUCUGAUAUAGCUGCAUUUUACAAAACUGCUGGGAACACAAGACAACAUUGUUACUCUGUUAAAACAGAAUACUGAGCUCCCAGGCGCAUCUAAUUUGAGAAAUAAUGUUCGGAGGACUUUUGAGAUGAUCUUCCCACCAUUUCAUUUAUUGCAUAGGACCAGCCAAAUGCAAAAAUAUCCAUGUUUUACAAAUAUUCACUUUUUGUUAAUUAUUGUUGAGAGAUUUCUUUCACAAAAAGCAGUUCAGGACAUGAAGGAAAAUGUGUUUCUGCUCGAAAUUACAAUUUGAUUGCCUCGGGGAAUUAUAUUGUUCUCCCAGCGUGCAACGUCCUUUAUAUUUUGUGUGAGAAGGCAAAGUAUUGAAUGCAAAACUUCUAAUUUAGUUAUGCCUGUAGGUUGGAUUCUGUUUUGAAUAAGCAGACUUUUAUUCAUUUUUACUUUAGAAUUAAGUGGGAAGAAUACAAUCAAACUUUGAUGCAGAAAUCGGUGGUGCUUUGGUUUACUGUUCACUUAAUCUCAAGAAUUGCAAAAUGGACAC